AUGGAUCAGAUCGAUCUUGAUUCUACAGCUCUUGGAGAACUAAAUAGUGUCGAGACUCGGACGCUAUUCGACACCAUCGACAAGCUUUCUAUGCUGGGCGUAGGAAGAAUCGUCAACCUUCCCCAAAUCAUUGUUGUUGGAGACCAAUCUUCUGGGAAAUCCUCCGUGCUCGAGGCCAUUUCACAUAUCCAUUUCCCAUCUGAAGCAAAUGUCUGCACUCGUUUUGCAACAGAGCUCGUUCUCUGCCCGGGCAGUCGUAGACGAGUGACUGCCACCGUGCUGUUCGCCGACAUUGGCAAGCCAGCCCAUGAGUUGCAGGUCACCGACUUCAAACAAGAAGACAUCGACAACAUCAUCAGCACCGCGAAGCAACAGAUGGGUGUUUCAGAUACUGGUCGAGACUUCUCUAAAGAUGUGCUGCGUCUAGAAGUCGAAGGCCCGGGCUUGUACCCUCUCACCUUGGUCGACCUCCCGGGGAUCUUCCACACCGCAGGGAAAAACCAGUCAGAGGCAGGCAAGGAAACUGUCAUGGAGCUGAUGAGAAGCUACAUGAAGAAGAAGAACAGCAUUAUUCUUGCAAUCGUUUCCGCCGGCAAUUUGCUUGUCAACCAAGCUGUCCUGGAAGAGGCAAAGAAGUUCGACCCUACCAAGAAGCGCACACUUGGAGUCAUCACCAAACCCGACCUUCUACACCCUGGAUCAGCGAACGAGCAAAACUACCUUCAAAUCAUCAGAGGCCGCGAGGAGUGUCACAACCUUUCUCUCGGUUGGCACGUCUUACGCAACAAGGCGGACUACGAGGAAGGGACUGGCACUCGAGAUGAAGUUGAGGAACAGUUCCUCAACUCAGGGGCCUGGGCUUCAAUUCCCAAAGCAGACAAAGGUGUCGGGGCCCUCCGAAAGAAGCUCAGUCAGAUCCUCCUCACGCAUUUCAAACAGAAUCUGCCCACAGUCACCGAUGACAUCGAAAACAAGCUGAAGGAACGAGAAGACGAGCUCAAACGAUUGGGGCAACCUCGGUCUACUCCAGCAGACAUGAGAGCCUACCUCAUUGACAUCGCAGGCGGGUUCCAAAAGAUAGUUCAAGACGGUAUCGAGGGCCAUUAUAAAGAUCCCUUCUUUGGCGGGCUCGAGGGGACCCAGCAAAAAUUCCGAUCUCAGCUGCGGAACUUUAACCGAGCGAUCCGGCAAGUCUUGUUGGACCAGGGUGCGAACCAGAGGAUAAUCCAGUCAUUCGGUGACAUACGGCGGCAGCACACCAUCCCCAAGCACCUUCAGAGUUUUAUCAAUGCACACCAGUACAACCUUCGUACCCCAGAAGUCAUCAUCUGGACCGAACUGGCUACUCAGCUUGAGCGACAGGCUGCCGAUAACCAGGGUACCGAGUUCCCAGGGUACGCCAAUAUGGAUCUGAUGAUCCAGCUGUUCCAAAAGCAGUCGGAGCCAUGGGGUUACAUCGCUGAAAAGCAUGUUGGCCACGUCUCAGUCGCAGCCAAGGCUUUUGUGGACCAGAUAUUUGAGCAUGUCAUCGGACCAUCCAGCAAAAACAACACAACCGACGCCAUUCUGUCCACUUGCGUGGAUCCUUUCUUUGAAAAAAGAGACGAGACUUUGGCAGAGAAAGUGAAGGAGAUCCUGCGGCCGUUCAAGCAAGGCUACGCAAUGCCGCUCGACGCCGACUUCCAAGAGGCCAUGGAAGCUAGAAUGGCCGGGCGCACCGCCGGCCAGGGGGAAUGGGUGGACAAUACCUCUUUCUCUCUCGGCCGGACCAAUGAGCCACAGAGCACCAAAGAGUUUGGGACGGACCGCAUAAUAGACACGAUGCAGACGUUUUACGAUAUGGCGUUACGGACGUUCACGGAGAACCUGAUCAACCUUGUGGUAGAAAGCUGCCUCAUCCGUGAACUGCCUUCCAUUUUCACACCCAAGGACGUGAACCUCAUGAGCGAUGAAAGGCUGGCGGAACUUGCUGCAGAGUCCGAGGAGGUUAGCCAACGCCGUGAACAACUCCAGCACCACGUAGCCCUUCUCAGGAAAGGCCUUGAACAAUGCCGACGUUACAAGCCUAGAGUUGCCGUGGGUACGGGCCAGGGAGGUCGAGAAGCGCCAUACACCCCAAAGCCCCCCUCAAAGGUUUCAACACACAGCGAAUCGUCCAGUAAUGAAAAGGCCAAGAAGGCAGACGCCUCGCCGAACAACAAGGAGUCGAGCGCCGACCCUCCCGACGGCAAAACCGGGCUAUUCGGUAGCAUUUACACGCCUCCGACAACCGGUUUGACGUCCAGCAUCUUCUCAAACGCCCCCAAGUCGUCAGUGAGACCAGCCUUCUCUUCUUCCGACUUUCUCAGUUUUAAGGUGAACAAUCCUACGGUUUCCGCUAAUCAACCCGGACAAUCUGGGAUUUUUGGCUCCCGAGAACCAGCUUCGUCGACAGCUGCAGGAAGCACGGCAACAAGCACGGGCGGGCUUACAGGUGGCCUCGGCUCCGGCUCUCCUUCAGGGACUGCAGUCAAAUCGUCCAGCUCGGGCGGAAUCUUCGGCAGCCUCGGCUCGACGACUCCUGCCGGCACCAAUAUCACACCAUCAGGUGGUCUCUUUGGCAAACCAGCAAACUUAACUGUGCCGUCUGCAUUCUAA